AUGGCUGAGAAGCAGCCAAUGCUCUCAUUCGCAAAAAUAGUGUCCGGGCAAGCCGUUGGCGACGGCUCGUCGUCUCUGCAGCCAACUCAGCAGAUUUCCGAGAAAGCUCCACCACAAAAUGCUCAGAACGACGUUCAACACGACUCCAACUCACAACAGCAUCCGCAGAAGCGCGGCGAGAAGGAGAACGAACGUCGUCAGCCACGUGGCGAGGGAAAGAAGCGUCGGAAUAACAAAAAGGGCGAGCGCCGGGCGAAAGAGUUGAAGACGACCGAAAAAGCGGCCGAAAAGAUUGUGGAGGAGGUGAAAGUGGUCGAAGUUCCAGUCGUAUUGGAGCCAGCUCCGUUGCCAGCGGUUAACGCUUGGUUUAAGAAUAAGGGUGAGGGUUUUACCGAUAUUUCGAAUUUUCUAGGAAAAAUAGCAUAAGAGCAGUCACUAACCUCGCCCAGUUUCAGAAGAAGCCGCCGCUGCCGCCGCCGCUCUUUCGACGAGUCUAGUUGAGCAGAAGUCAGAGCCAGCUGCUCCAGUUGCUCAAACUUCCGCGGCCUUAGCACCAGUCCAGACCGUUUCGGCUCCAGCGCCUGAGAAAAAGAAGGCUUUGGAGUCGGCGAAACAGUCACAACAACAGCAGAUUGUAAAGGAGAAGACGAAGCCGAGAGAGGCCAAAAAAGAGGUUUGGAAGACGGUAAGCCGUUGGUUCGCGGCUUUCGAUCAUCUGUUUUGCAUUCUAGACACCAGCUCCAGUGGCUGCUCCGAUUCAAGAGCCAGCGGCUGCUGCCAAGUCAAGAUCAGAGGUUUCUAAGGAAUCUGUCGAGCAGAAAAAGUCGGUGAACGACCCGGAAUGGCCGUCGCUGGCUAAAGCCGACCUCAAUGGGCACAUUUCGCCAUCGAACUCGGUAAGGACUUAUUAGGACCAUGAGGUUUUGCAAAGUGCAUUUUUCAGGACGAACACAACGAGGGAAGCAGCAGCUCACAGCACAAGACUGUCGGCGGAAAAACGACGAAGAAAAGUUGGAAAAGUGUUGAAAUAGACGUCGAUUACGGAAGCAAGGGAAAAGGUGCGCCGAGAGCCGCAGGCGGAGCAGAGAAGGGAACGAGAAGAGCUGCGAACGACGAAGCCGGUGAGCAGAAAAGGGGUGGAGCGGAAAAUAGAGGGGAAAAGAUGUCAGGAUGCUAUAGAUUCUAACAGCCGGGAGAGAUUGCCAUGGAGACCAGGCGCUGUACGACUAGUUGUUUUUUGGGAACGUCUGGGGGAUUAUUGACGCGAUAAAGACGAUCAAGGCGGAAUUGCCGAAUAUCGGCUUUUCCAGCUAUUCUUUUAAGUUUGGAAAGUAAUUUUUACGAAAAAAUUCAAAAUUCUGUCCACAAUAUUGCCCACGGGAGAAAGCGCAAAAAAUGCAGCUGCUUUCGGAAACAGGAAAAAUUGAGAGUGAAUUGCUUUUGAUAUAUAGGCCAACAGCGAGGAAUAGAUUCAUUUCGGGCGGAUUGAAAGAGCUUGAAUGCGCUGGGAAAUUGAGCAUGUGAGAUGAUGUCAGAAUGCUCCUUUUGAGAGCUACAGCCAGAAAUUCGACUCCAGAGGGCCCGGAAAAGAAUGGAAAACACUUGAAAACCGCUUCUGUUUUUCAGUGCGACGACGAUCGGGCGAAGAGGAUUCGGCGAGCGGAGACGAGCAGUACUGGUAAGUAUUAGGGCGAUUAUUAGCCAAAUUCGGUCGUCGCGUAUAUUUUCCCCAUUUGCUAUAGUGUCCCUCUAUCGUCGUCAUCAUCAUCAUUUCGUAUUCCGCCUCCCUGCUUUGCCCCUGUGCUCUAUCCAUUUCUCCCUUGUUGUCAAAGCAGCGAUUAAAUGUUCUCCAUGCGGACGGACAGCUCGUCCGUCACGAUGGAAAUGGAGCGUAGCGGCUCUCGGAGUCGCCCGCCAAGAGCACUUUACUAGAAGAGAAGAACCUCUUCUCUUUCUUUUUGUGUCCGCCAACCAACUUUUCUCCGCAAACCGCAGGGUUUUAUACGCAUAAAUUUGCGUGCGGCCCCGCACUUUCUUUUGCAUUCACCAUCGUUGUAGCGGCCGGUGACGGAUGGUUUCUCAUCCCCUUUUGCCGUGCGAACUUUCCUCCCAUUCAUCGUCCUUUUUUGCUCGUUUUAUCGUCAAAAACGGCGCACAGGAACGUGUGGUCAUAUCUAGUUGUGUCAUGUAUGCAUCCCAUAAAAUCGCACAUUUCUCCGAAUGUGUACAAGUUUUUCUUCUUCUCUAUUUUCCUUUUUCCAUCUUUGUUCUUUUCUAGAGCAACAGAAGUGAGGAAAGCGAAAAACAAGCGCGCUUCUCGAACCCGUUCCUCUUUUUUUCGUUCACCGAAAAAACACCAAAAGUAGUGCAGCUCAGCGCGCAGAGCGGUGGGUCCUUUUUCUCUGUGGCGCACAUGCACACCACCACCACCACACGCAAUUAUUUUCGGGAGUAGAAGAAAAAGGAAGACGUUUGUGUGUGUGUGUGUGUGUGUGUGUGUGCAUGUGCACGGACCUUUCUCUCCUUUUAUUUAUUCCCGAUUUCUCACGGUCAAAAGAGAGCCGAAUUCAUCAGUUUAGUGCCGAAAAAGUGGUGUUGCUCUCUUCAGACAUCACUAUCAUGACAAACGAAAAAGAGAGACCCGGAGUAAGGUGAUAAGGCUCCCAAUUCACCGUCGUCUCUUGAUUUGUACACUGAUACUGACCACCACCGGAAUUUCCCAAUGUUGCCAUGAAAAGCGCGCUCAAGAUCACCUGUUUUUCUGCGUGAAAACGAAAUAAAUGAAAAGUCAGCGUUUUUAUUUUCAGGUCUCGCAGCAAGGACGACAAAAGCCCGGUGAACGAGAUGUCAAGCGAUCGGUAAGCAGUUUUAUUCACAUUUCUUGGCUCGUUUCGCCGAUUUUCCCGGUCCGGCCAGUCAGUUCGUUUUCGGCCUUCACAAAGGCAUAGUUGCCACGGGCCGGGCCGGGCCGGGCCGGGCCGGGCCGAAAUUUCCAAAACUCCGGCCCGGCCCGGCCCGUCGGCCCGGCCCGGCCCGGCCCGGCCCGACCCGGCCCGGCCCGGUCGGCCCGGUUCAAAAAGCGGGAAUUCAAAAAUUUGAAUUAUUGAUCGCAUGAAGCCAUUUUUUUGUAGAAUUAGGGGUUUUUUUGCAAGCAUCGAACAUUGAAAAAAACAAAUGUAUUUCUCAUAAAAAAAUUCAUAAUAUCAAGAAAACAAAGAAGAAACACUAAAACUUUAGUUCGAAAAUUUUUUUGUAAUAACGAAAAAAAUUUCCGCGAAAAAUUUGAAUUCCCGCCUUAUGAACCGGGCCGAGCCGGGCCGGGCCGGCACUUCACCGACCCGGCCCGGCCCGGGCCGGCACUUUACCGGCCCGGCCCGGCCCGGCCCGGGCCGACCCGGGCCGGCCCGCAUGGCCGGCCCGAAAUCUGGCAAGUCUGCACAAAGGUGUUGUUAUCUUGUCAGUCGAUCAAAGCGAGACGGUCUCUUUCUCUCGUUUUCGUUUCGCAUUCCCUUCCUCUUCAUGCUAUUAUUCGUCGUGUCAUCAUCCGCAUCACAGAAACAUCAUCGAGGGCAAUACUAGUUUUAUGACACAUUUUCGGGAAACCACCGACUUUUUGUAGAAACGAACAGAGGGUUUCGAAAUAUUGCCAAACGUUGGGAUCGGAUCGCAACAACAAUAUCACCUCCAACUAUGACGUCUUCAAGAAAUUCUUCAAAAAUUCGGCUCUUCGCGUUCUUCCAUCCACCAUUUUACUCGGUUUCUCUCCGUCUCACUCUCAUCAAGAUAUAGCGGCCCGCGCGCGCGCUCGUUUCUCCACACUUUUUGUGUGCGCCUUGGGGGUGAGGGGGGCAGCUGACUGACAGGGCCAGGGUCUCUCCCCUCUUCUCGUCUUCUUCGUCGCCGUUUUCCGUCCUCGUAGCGUUUCGCGCGCUCUCUCUCUCUACUUCACCGUUAAGAGACGGAGAGAGAGAGCCUAGAGAGCGAGCGAGCCUUCGUGUUGGUUGGUCGUCGACAUUGGCGGCGGGUGAAAUGAGUGGCCGAUGCGCGUCUUCGCUAUUGACGCUUUCGAUGCGCUCUCUCACCGUCGCAAUUCUCCUCUAUUUCGCCUGCGCCCGCGCGCACACACACGUUGUUUGUGAUUGCGUGUGUCCCCUGUGCGCAAGAAGAGAGGGGAGCGGGCGGACGGAGUGUGUUUGGACGGGCCCUUCUGCGUCCCCCUUCCCUUCUCCGUUUUUCCCCGUUUCUCCCUCUCUCAAAUGUGCCCCUCGCGCGCAAAAGGCAAAGGGCGGUUCUCAUGGGCUCAUCUCGCUCGGCUUUCACUUUCGCAUCCACAUCCACAUCUACAUGAUGCUUUAUUCGGGUCGACAGAUGACAUCGCCUACGCGUUAUGUGAUAAAUGAGCUUGAGACGAAGCUCAUUUUCGUUUUUCUCCCCCUUUGGGACAUCCAAUUAUGCUCGGUGAGCCCCUAAAUUUGGGCAUCAACUGUCAACAAACGUAGCUCGCCUUUUUAUGUCUUUGGCUUCUUCGUUUUCUUCUUAUUCUCCUUCAGAACGAAGACAAAGGGCUUCUUCCCCGUCCUCCUCCGUUUUUUCUCUCCUCCGAAUUCAAUUUGAGAGCUCCCCGGCUUCUCUCGCACAUACAUCGACGUCAUUUCUCCGGCAUCCUUGCCUUUAACGGGCCCCCAAACAAUGACAUCACUAUUUUGCUCUUUCUCUCAUUUCUCUCCCCUCCAUAACCCAAAAACACGAUAAUUUGCAGUGUCGUGGAUUCCGGAUCGAAUGGAAUAUACUACCAACAAGGUGGUACUCACGGCUGGAAGAAGAAAGUAAAAAACGAUUUACCGACGCCGCCGAAUUCGACUUCGCCGCAAGACAGCGAAGAGAACACGCCAGAGCACUUGCCAAAAGAGAAAUCCGCCGCCGCAGCUUCGAACACUGCCGCCGCCGCCCCCUCAGUAGUCGCAAUGAACGGAAACGCCAGGGUAAAUAUGCAUAAAAGUGUGGGCUGUUCUUUUAGUUUCUUUCUAUCCAAUUUCCUAUUGAAAAAUCCAAUUUUUCCCGCGUCCGGUCCUAAUUCGAUAGAAAUUUAAGGGAUCUGCUCCGAACCGCAACGGAAACGGAAACGCCUCGUCGGGCGCCAAAACGGCCGACUAUUGGCACAAGAACAGCGAGCGCAAGGACGACAAAAAUCAGAGGGCCUACUAUCAGAGAUCCGACAGAUAUCAGGCGCGCAACACGAAUGCACAGUCACAUCCGCACGCGCCGCCGAAGCUGACUCCAGCAGAACGCCAGAAGCGCGGUCCGCUGCCGAGAUGGGAGGACAUCGAGGCCGGAGACGACAAUUUCGACUACAUGACUCUGAUGGAGGCCCAGUAUUCGCAGUACUAUGGAGCGCCGCAGCAGUUCGACCACCAGCUCGAUCCGCACUCGGCGAACCUGCUCAUCCAGCAGGCUCAGCAGCACAUGGCCGCGUUCGCGCCGUUCCGGCCACCGAUGCAGAUGAUCUCGCCGCAUCUGAUGUCGCCGCCGUUGGACCGUGACGGCGGAGUCACUUCGCCGAUGCAGAACGGAGAGCCGAUCAACACGUCGAUCCCGUUCGCACCGAUCUAUCACCAGCCGGCGCCGCCACGUCCGGUCACUGACGAUACGCUCAAGGAGUACGUCAAGAAGCAGAUGUAAGCUCUCUUUUCCGAGUUUACAAUACAAUCUUUCCCUAUUUUCAGUGAGUACUACUUCUCGGACGACAAUCUCCAGAAGGACUUCUUCCUUCGCCGCAAAAUGAACCUGGAAGGCUACCUGCCCGUCUCGCUCAUCUCCUCGUUCCCACGUGUCCGUGCGCUUACCGAGGAUCUCAGUCUGAUCAGCGACGCCCUCAGGGAUUCAACGCGCGUCGAGCUCUCUCCGGACGGGACUCUUCUGCGUCAGCGCGAGAGACCGACGUUCUGGCCGCUUCCUCUGAUGCACAGCGGCGGAGACUCGAUGCCGGGGCCUUCGCAUCAAUAUCAGCCGCAGCACCAGCAGCACUACCGGCCCGUGCAGCAGAACGGACCGGCUCUGUCGGCCCCACAGACCGCUCCGGUCGCUCAGACGGCUCCGGCGAGUUCAGCUCCGACAGCUGAGCCAGUCGCCACCUCGUCCUUUUCGGCCGCUCCAGAAGCUGCUCAGGACGAGCAGUGGGAGGAGGUGAAAUCGAAAAAGAGCAAGGGAAAGAGCCGACAUACGUCCGGCUCGCAGGACAACAACAAGAAGGCGCCGGCGGGAGCACAACAGCAGCAGCAGCAACAGAAGCCACAACAACAUCAGGGCGGCGCCGGAGACCAGCCAGAGCUGGAUUUUCAGUUUGACAAUGAGAUUUCGGGUGGUGGAGGAGGUGGCUCAGCUGCCAACGCGACCACUCCGAAAAGAGCAGAGAAAUCGAAGAAGGCCUUGUUGAGGUUGGUCGUAUUCUGCUAAUUCGAUUAGGAAAGACUAGUCAUGGCGAUUUUUUGCCGAAAUUUUGCCGAAAGAAUAUUUAGCAGAACAUUGCAAAGAAUUAGGGAAAUUUUCAGUGCGAUCGAUUCGGAAGAGAUCGGAGACGAUGUGAUAAGCAAACUGAUCAUCAUGACGCCGUCGCGACGAACGCUCGACCGCACCGGCGACUUCUCGACGAGAUCGCAGAAUCAGGUGGAGUUCAACGAGGAAGUCGAGAUCGGACUGCGCAGAUACGAAGAGGAGUUGUGGACGGUCCCACUGGAGAAGGAGGCACCGGUAAGAGAGACCCCAUUCGAUCACAUCUGAAAUUGAUAACCCCGUAACAUGCCCCCGAUUGCCUGCCCUGCCACCCUUUCUCUUCCAUUUUCUGCCUUCAAAGUUGUUCUCGUAACCGUGUUGUCGACCAUUUCAGGCGUCCAAAGUGACCACAGUUUCCCCGCAGAAAUUCCACGAACUGCGCGGAGACGACGUGAAAUCGACGACGGCUUCCGAGCAGCAGCAACCGCCCGAGAUCCCGCCCUCGUCGGCUCAGACUCCGCCCGACUCGGUUUGGACGAAAAAGGCGAAGGAACGCGCGGCCGCCAGUCAGACUGUGGUACUGUUUAUGGAUAUUGUGCACUUUUGAGUUAUUCUCAAGAAUUUACCGCGUUUGAACGUGUUUUCCCUUCUAAAAUCUCCGAAUUUUCAUGUUUUUGUCCGGAAAAGAGAAAUUUGAGCUUUUCCCUAACAACUCCCCCCGAAACUGGACGGCGGCCACCCUCAACUCGCUCUUUUUUCAGCCAAAGUCUCCGAUGCAACGUCGCGAGUCGCAGGAGCAGAAGAUGAACCGCUUCUACCCAGUGUCGAAGCCGGCUGCUCCGCUCGACGCGAAAUCGCCGCGCAAGAAGAAGACGCGUCACAGCGAGAAGCCGCCGGUGGAGAUGCCGGUCGCGUGGGUGCUCGGUCGCGACGACGCGCUUCCGGCCGCGCCGAUCGGGAUCGCCGCCAGCUCUUCGCAAGUGCCGGCCAACCAUCCGUCGAUCCGACUGCUGCAGGAGGAUCAGUUCGUGCAGAACGUCUACUCGACAUGGCGACAGUCGUGUCUGAAGCAACGCAAGAGUCUUGGCUUCGAUUGCGCUGAAAUGAACACGCUCUACCGCUUCUGGUCGUUCUUCUUGCGCGAUAACUUCAACAGGAACAUGUACGAGGAGUUCCGCAAACUGGCUCUUGAGGAUUCUGAAAUUGGGUUAGUUUUUGUAAAGAAAUCUUAGUUUAUUCUCAAUUUCCAGAUCACGAUACGGAAUCGAAUCGUUGUUCCGCUUCUACAGCUACGGCCUGGAGAAGAAGUUCCGGCCGGAAAUCUACAAGAACUUCAUGAAGGACUGCACGACGGACGUGCAAAAGGGAGAGCUUUACGGACUCGAAAAGCUUCUCGCUUUCUUGCAAAGGUACGCGGAUUCUGGAGCGAUUUCCGAAUAUUCACGUCGUUUUCAGGUCGAAAAUCUCGAAGCAACUGGUUGUUGACGACUUUUUGACCAAAGAGUUGAACAAAUACAGUUCAACCGAUGACUUCAGAGUGAGUUGAAUCUUCUGUUUCUCUCAAAUAUUGUCUCUCUUGCAGAAAGCGCCCCAAACGGCCAAGAAGUAA